CCUCUCACUGUUGAUUGUUCUAACUCGGUGUGCUUUUCUGGCGAUUCUUUUAUGGAGUUGUAGUUGGUUCCAUCUGUGGAUUAUCUUGCAAACUUGUACUCAUUCAAAGAGGCUCCUAAAACUCUAUAGUUUUCCACUUCUUUGCAAGAUGGGAGAGAUGUCAAGCUUCCAACUGGGUGUUAUUGGUGCACUGUUCCUUUCAGUUGCAUCAUCGGUCUCCAUUGUCAUUUGCAACAAAGCCUUGAUGAGCAAUCUUGGAUUCCCCUUUGCCACAACACUCACUAGCUGGCAUCUCAUGGUGACAUUUUGCACCCUUCACGCCGCCCAACGCUUCAAUCUUUUUGAAAAUAAACCCAUCGACGUGAAGACCGUGAUGCUCUUUGGCAUCCUCAAUGGUGUUUCCAUUGGACUUCUUAACUUGAGCCUUGGGUUUAACUCCAUAGGAUUCUAUCAGAUGACAAAACUUGCAAUCAUACCAUUCACAGUAUUAUUGGAAACCAUCUUCCUUAAAAAGCAAUUCAGCCAAAAUAUAAAGUUGUCCCUCUUCCUUUUACUUGUUGGAGUUGGCAUUGCUUCCAUAACUGAUCUGCAACUCAAUCUUGUCGGGACAAUCCUUUCGCUCCUCGCCAUUGCGACCACCUGCGUCGGCCAAAUUCUGACAAACACAAUACAGAAGAGGCUGAAUGUCUCUUCAACACAGCUGCUGUACCAGUCAGCCCCAUUUCAAGCAGCAAUUCUUUUUGUCUCGGGCCCGUUGGUGGACCAAUUACUCACCAAGCAAAAUGUGUUUGCUCAUAAAUAUUCUCCUAUAGUCUUGGCAUUUAUCGUCCUCUCGUGUAUUAUUUCAGUAUCUGUCAAUUUCAGUACAUUUUUGGUUAUCGGCAAAACAUCCCCGGUCACCUAUCAAGUUCUUGGUCACCUCAAGACUUGCCUGGUUCUUGCCUUUGGCUAUACAUUGCUUCAUGACCCUUUCACAGAUAGGAACAUCAUUGGAAUCUUGAUUGCCAUUUUUGGGAUGGGCUUGUACUCUUAUUUUUGCACCCAAGAGAACAAAAGGAAGCAAGCUGAUUCUUUGGGAUCACAGAUGAAAGAAAAGGAUGCAACACCAUUUCUGGCUCUGGAGAAAGAAGUCCAUGAGGUUAAGAAUUCAAACAAGGAUUCCCUUGUCUAAAACAAAACAGGACUUUGUGAAUUAAGGAGUUGUUUCAAACAUUUUGUAUCUCAAGAGUAAAUCACUUUUUGAUUCUUUAAAUAAACCACUCAUUCCCACUUCAUCUCAACUUCCUCUUCCCACCUUUGUGUACAAGUCAAGGAAUCAUUAGCAGAUUGUAAUUGAUCAACUUCAUAUUG